GGUAAUCAGUUAUAACUUGAGCUUUUGAUAACAAUGCAUUGAGAAUGGAAUACUAGUUCUCUAAAGAGCCCUUCAGGGCAAAUCUCUAUAAAGAUGCAACCUGUUCAAUUGUGCAUAAAGUUUAUUUAGAAGUGACAAGUGCUAAACAUGGACUUGCCAUCCUAAAUCUGAUUCCAGUAGUAAAAGCUGUUAUGAGAGUAGAUAUAUGGUGAUGUUUCUCUCGGUUGAUCCAAUCCUACACCAUAAAUAGUGUACAGACAUAUGAAUUUGAAAACAAAUGUUGUUGGUGAUUAUUACACCGGUAGAUAUACUCUUUAAAUAUCUUGGGUUUUUCUUGGAGGACGAUAACAAACUUGAGCACAUCCGAACAGAAUAUGGUUCAGGCCGUAUGCUUACUGGAGAAAUUAAGAAACGGCUCACUGAAGUUUUAACGGAGCUAGUUGAAAGACACCGCAGGGCCAGAGCUGCUGUGACUGACGAGAUGGUCGAUGCAUUCAUGGCGGUCCGUCCACUUCCUAAUAUGUUCCACUAAACUUUGAGAAUUUUCUUUAGUAAAUCACUUUCAGAGUUGGGCUGUAUGAACACACUUUUUUGUUCAACUAAACCAUAGGACAUAGUUAUGAAAACACUUUAGUAUAUAAAUUUUGGUCUGUGGGAUUCCUGAUAUAGAAGAAGCAUCUUAAAUUGGGAACCUGACAAAUGUUUGGUGUCAAAGGUACAAAAUCCAGCUCUUUUCUUACUGACCUGACAUUUUGUAAUCCAACAAGAAUAUAGACAAUAAUCACUCCAACUUUACCA